AUGGUGAAGAAGAAGGAAAAGGGGUCACGGGUUUCCGGGAAGCCGAAGCACUCCCUGGACGUGAAUCGCAGCAACAGCAAGGGACGGAACGAUGGAGAAGGACGCUCCGCGGCGACUGUGCGGCGUCUUAAGAUGUACAAAAUCAGGCCCAAACGCGACCGCAAGGGAAAGAUCCUGAAAAUUGACCUCCAGUCGAAGGAACUCCCUUCCACCAGGAUAGAGCCUGAUCGCCGCUGGUUUGGUACGAUCUGCUGUUUUGUUUGAAGUUGCUACUUAGUUCGAAGUUGUGACUUUGGUUUUGCUGUAGAACAUUUAGUUCCUCCAUUAGGCUACAAUUAUCCGUGUGUCACUUUUCAAACUUACGCAGGAAACACGCGUGUUGUGAAUCAGAAGGAGCUUGAGUUCUUUAGAGAGGAGCUUCAGACUCGGCUAUCAAGCAACUACAACGUAAUUUUGAAGGAGAGGAAACUACCAUUGUCGCUUUUAAAUGAUCAUCAGAAGGUACGACUCUAAAUUGAGUUAUUCUUGCCUGCUUUAUUAUGGCCGAGCUUCAAUGUUAUGGAUUUUUGCGGCUUGGGUUCAUUAUAACGUUAUAAAUGACGAUUCUAUUUCGAGAAAUAACUAAGUCAGUCACUAAAUUGAGGAGAAAGACGCUGUAAAGCCAUGAGCGGAGUAUCGAUAUCAUUUUAGCUGUCAUCAUCUCCGGAUUGUCACCUAAAUAACAGAGGAGAAAUAAAACAUCUGUAGUGGUCUCCGAGGUGAUGCGGGAUCUCAUAUUAUGAUGAGUUUUCAUUGCUACACGAUAAGGAACAAACCUACCGAUUCCAUCUUUUGUUGGCUUGGCAGAAUAAUCCAACCUGUUCUUAAUGCGCGUUCAAUUUUGUCUUGGGAUAGGCUGAUCAUUUCUAUAGAAAUUAUUUUGAAGGAUAUUUUUAUUGCUACCCUUGUAACUUUGGAUGAUUUUUCCAUUUUUUCAAAUGUUUAUAGCAAGCUAGGGCACAUCUUCUUGAUACUGAGUCAUUUCAAGAUGCAUUUGGUCCAAAGAGUAGACGAAAACGUCCAAGGCUUAUGGCAAUGGACUACGCCUCACUGGUCAAGAAAGCCGACGGGUCUCAAGGUACAUGAACGUGAUUGCGCAAUUUUUGGUUACCUGAUUUUCAUAUUGACGAAUUGGGUACCCUAGCUCUAGUUUUUGAUAUUCUUGGUCUUCUUUAAUGGUUGACAUUUGGUUUUGGGUUUGAAUUCGUACAUGCGAAUAAACGAGUAGGUGCGUUUUAAUUGUACUUUGAUCGAGUUUAUAUCGCAUGGGUCCCAUUGACCAUCGUUUUUCAGAGCCGUUUGUGCUAUGCUAGUAUGGAUAAUUAUGUCGGAGUUUGUUACCCAUAGAAAUAAUAUCUUGAGAAAUGUCGAAAUGCCCCAGCCAUUAUGUUUAUUUUUUGAAAUAACUGGUACAAUUGGAAUCCAGCUGGCACGCUUCUAUGAACGAAGGGAGGGAAUUAGGUGUGGUGAGAAUGAGAAGUUAUUUCUGGGGUUAUCACUGGCCAGGUUGGUCCGGUCGAUGUUAUAGUAGAAAAUAGACAGCUUGUGGAAAGACAUUAUGAACCAUUGCAAUAAAGCUCUUAGAAGGUCCCAAUGGCCCUUGUAUGAUAUUUUUAGUUAUUUGGCUAAGUCUGAAAAUUAGCUUUCUUUCCUACUGUACUUGGAACUGUUAAAAAUGUAUCAUGUGUUCUUGUUGAUUAUUCGUGGAUUAAAUCAGAUCACUAACUUGAAUUAUUUUCAAUAUUACAUCUGUUCAUAAGAUUACUUUAUUUUUACUAGAUGCCUAUGAGCAGAAAGCUGCUUCAAAAUCUGGGGAUGUAGACGAGGAAGACGGCCUUAGAGACUUGGUCCGCCAUACAAUGUUUGAGAAGGGUCAAAGUAAGCGUAUCUGGGGUGAACUCUAUAAAGUUAUCGACUCCUCUGAUGUGGUUGUUCAGGUAAUUUGAUCUCAUCUUUCUUCUAGCCUUUUGGUAAGAUAAUCAAAGAGUUACAAUCGGAAAACCACUAGUUCUAGUAAGCUAGUGUCUUGCCCUCUAAUACUAGUAGGCAUGGCAUAACAAGCCCCCCUUCGGUUUCCAACUGGACUGGUAGGAUAAUGAGUGCAGUAAUUGAUGAUUUUGGCUUAUCGUGUUUGGUAUUUUGAGAAAAUCCUUUCAAUAUAAUGGGCAUGUGAGGUAGGUUUAAGUGUGUUAUGCUAUCACUGUUCCAUGUCAAAUCUUCUUCUACCUCAAUGUUUGUUCAAAUGUCUCAUUCCCCUUCAGGUUUUAGAUGCCAGGGAUCCACAAGGUACUAGAUGCUUUCAUCUGGAAAAACAUUUGAAAGAGCACUGCAGGCACAAGCACAUGAUCCUUUUACUGAAUAAGGUUUGUUAUCCUAUGAAGUUAACCUAGAUUGGUUUAUUGACUUAUUUCCUCUGCAGCUAAGAAAUGGUUUUCGUCCAGUGUGAUUUGGUUCCUGCAUGGGCUACAAAGGGAUGGCUGCGUACACUUUCUAAAGAGUUUCCUACUCUAGCAUUCCACGCAAGUAUUAAUAAAUCUUUCGGAAAGGUGAAUGCAGUUUUCAAUAUUUUUUAUCAUCCAUUUUUCUAACUUCUCAUGUCUUGCUCCUGCUGUAACCACGGUUUUCUAUAUACAGGGUUCACUGCUUUCAGUUCUGAGACAGUUUGCCCGGCUAAAGAAUGAUAAGCAAGCUAUAUCUGUGGGAUUUGUAGGGUAUCCAAAUGUUGGAAAAUCAUCUGUGAUCAACACAUUACGUACAAAGAAUGUAAGUUCCUUCACUCCAGAUGCCAUUUGUGAAAAAAAAAAAGACAACUCUCUCUCUCUCUCUCUCUCUCUCUCUCUCUCUCUCUCUCCCACACACACACACCCCCUCCCUUCCUCCCUCCCUCUACCUCUAGCCAGGCCACUCCUGGAUCAGAUCGGCUCUUUAUAUUCUAAAAUGUCUGAUGUUUCUUUUUCGGGUUCCAAUUUGUCUAAUGUUGCCUAUGAACUAUGCUAUCCUAUAUUUUGCCUAUAAAUAUGAAAAGAGACUCUAUUGGUGCUAGAGUAUGUACCCAGUAUGAAAUUAAUUGGUUCAUGACAUACAUAUGGUUAUAAUUUAGUGCACUUUUCAUCUGCUUAUCCAUCUGGCAUAUCGUUGUUCAUCCAUAGCAAGCCUUGAGGCAAAAACAAAGAUGAAGUGCAAGUUCCACUGCCGUCAAGGUUUUGCCUUGAUAAGCUGCUCUUGAGAAAGUUGACUUAGUAAUGAUGUCUUCAUUUUGCGCUCCUUUGUAAUUUAGGUUUAUGCAAGGCAGAAGAAGUGAAGACAAAAGAUCAUGAGAGGAGUUCAAUAAUACUUGUGAUGAUCCUUUGUGUGUGCUGGAUCCGUAUCACUGGUGUAAUUAUAGUGCUAGAAUCGGGAAACUGGUUGAUAAGUUUGUCUGAAACAGACCUUUUGGAUUGAAGUUAUUCCCGUUGGUUCUUAUUUUCAUUUUCUUUCUGUAGUUUUACCUGGAUGUUGAUAUAAGUUCCUUUGAAAUGGGGUGUUGAAACACCGCUGAAAGUUACCAUUAAUUACUCUUUUUGCUGCUCAUAAUUUUGUUAUCUAAGUGGUUGAAAAAAUUCAUUGAUGUUUAUAUUGAGGUCUUAAUCUCAAUUUUCUAGGUCUGCAAAGUUGCUCCCAUUCCUGGAGAGACUAAAGUUUGGCAGUACAUAACUCUUACAAAAAGGAUAUUUUUAAUCGAUUGUCCUGGAGUCGUUUACCAAAACAAGGACUCUGAAACAGAUAUUGUUCUCAAGGGAGUGGUAUGUAUUUUUAUGAGGAUUCUUUUCAUGCCUUUGAAUGUAGAACGUGCUCUUUCAGAUGAUAUCUUAACGUAUAAAUGUAACGGUUUCAUUUUGUUUGUCUGUCUGUCUCAUGGAAAUUUUGUUUAUUUCUCAACCCGUAACCUAUGCUUUAGCGUUUUUUUUUUAAAUGGUUAUUUCGCUUUCUCAAACUUCUUUAGGCUAUUUCGUAUGGGUCUCGCUCCCUCAUAAAUCCGAGCUUUCAGUCUGUAAAUAUGCGAGCCCAAGCGACCACGCACCCGCCCCCCCGGUCCCCCCGGUCCAUGAGUUUUGCUUCAUUCAGGGUUUUAGACAUUAUUCCGUAGGAAUAGCGAAUAGCUGAAGUUGGUUUCUGACUUCACUUGUCUGUGGCUGCACCCAUUCAUCAUGGCUUUUAGUUUUAAGUGAUCCCACACUGGUUUGUGUAACGGAGAUAAUGUUUUCUAACGUACCUGAGAAAUAAAUUAUCGCAAAGACACAUUGUAAAUGCUUUAUUUCAAUAUAGUAGUUAUUGUCUGACGAAACUUUAUAAAAAAAAAAGGGUUUCUGCGACCAUUAACUUAGUGUGUAUUUACUAAUGUUCAUGUUGUGGUCAUAUGAUAAGGUGCGCGUCACAAACUUGGAUGACGCCUCUGAGCACAUUGGCGAAGUCUUGAGACGCGUCAAAAAGGAGCACCUUCAAAGGGCGUAUAAGAUACAGAACUGGUACGCCCUCACUGCCUUUCGCGUUUGGAUUUACAUGCCCUCGAAACAUUUUUUAAAAUGUUUGGAUCUCGCGGUCAACAUUCGUCUGCAAAGGGCAUUUUUUUAUGGACUAUUUGGAACAUUAGUGUUUUUGGUUGAUGAAGCACAACCCAGUGGUGGGCUAAUCUUUAAGUAGUGUUCUACGCCAGCUUAUGUGAACAAGAUGCUUUUUAAGUAGUGGUCUCUCUCUCUCUCUCUCUCUCUCUCUCUCUCUCUCCCUCUCCCUCUCCCUCUAUCUCCCUCCCUCUCCCUCUAUCUCCUCCCUCUCCCUCUAUCUCUCUCUCUCUCCCUCUCCCUCUCCCUCUCCCUCUAUCUCUCUCUCUCUCCCUCCCUCUCUUUCUCUCUCUCUCUCUCUCUCUCUCUCUCUCUCUCUCUCUCUCUCAGUAGUCUUUAGACGCGCUUAUUGAAGUUUAUUUUUUUUCUUGUGCCAGGGUCGACGAUAACGACUUCCUUGUUCAGUUAUGCAAAUCAUCUGGAAAACUCCUGAAGGUACACAAUAAUAUGUAUCAGCAUACUGAUUCCACAAACUUGCUAAUGUUGCUUGUAUAAUGUAAGCUUUUUAUUUAUUUAUUUAUUUAUUUAUUUAUUUUGACAGGGAGGAGAACCUGAUCUGUCUACGGCGGCGAAAAUGAUCCUCCACGAUUGGCAGAGGGGCCGGAUACCAUUCUUCGUUCCGCCGCCACGGCAGCAAGAUGACGACGAAACUCCCAAAGAAUCGGACGAACCCAACCUGGGGGAAGAUCCCUCGGUGAACGCCGAUCAGAAGUCGGCGGCCAUGAGAGCCAUCGCCGGCAUCAUCUCCGCCCAGCAGGUGAUGCAUGUACCAGAAAACAAGGGCUUCUUUGGCCAUGGCGACGCGUUGGGGGAUGAAGAACCCGAGCUACCCCCCACAGAGGAUCCAGAGCCAGAUUCAUAG